UCAAUAGCAUUACAGACUGCAGCAAACACAUCUCAUGCAAGAGGCAGAAGAGCAGAGAGGAGAAAACUUUAGAGAAGAGAAAGAGGAAAUACAGUGAUUGAGAGAAAACUAUGCUGCUUGAGGAAGAACAGACAUAAACUGACAAUCGAAUACAUCAGGAAUUACAUAAGCAACAUGUCUCGGUCACCAGGAAGAAAGCCGGAGAACCACAAAAUAAGCAGAGAACUUUUUGUACUCACAUAUGGGGCUUUGGUAGCCCAGCUGUGCAAGGACUAUGAAAAUGAUGAAGACGUCAACACCUGUUUAGAUAGAAUGGGAUACGGCAUUGGUGUAAGGCUGAUUGAUGACUUUUUAGCUCGUUCAGCUGUUAAAAAAUGCCGCAGUUAUUCUGAAACUGCAGACAUGAUUGCACAGGUUGCUUUCAAGACGUACCUUGGGAUCACCCCUAGUGUGAGUUGCAGUAGUGCUGCAGGAAAUGAAUUCUCCUUAAUCCUGGACAAAAACCCACUAGUGGACUUUGUGGAGGAGCUCCCAGCAGAACGAGCAUCACUUUGCUACUGUAACCUCCUCUGUGGGGUGAUUAGAGGUGCCUUGGAAAUGGUUCACCUAGAAGCAGAAGUCACCUUCCUCCAGGACAGGCUGAAGGGUGAUGCUGUGACAGAAAUAGGAAUUACAUUUUUAAGGAAGCCUGAAGGCAGAAAGCACAAAAGGAAUAAAUGAAAGAAAUAUUGGGAGAAACCCUCACUGAGGGAUAUUUUGUGGCUUUUGUUUCAGAAGAAGACAUGCAGGGUAAAAAUGGUUUCACUGAUCCAGCUGCACCAGCCACUUGGUUGAAAGGUGAAGACAGCUGGGCCAUAAACAGGAGGGGCAGGGCAGGGAAGAGCAAUAUUAAUUGUCAUGGCACAGAUAUUAAAAUGAUCAAAAUGACCUGCCCUUCCUUCUCACAUAACCAUGCUCUUGAGCUUAAUGCAAGUUUUGUCUCAGUAUUUAGUGCAUGCUGGAUGCAAAAUAUUCAUUUGGACAUCAAAUGUUCUCAGACAAAGAUGAUGACCUUUUCCCAUUUUGUUUUUCAGUAAUAUUUCAAAGCAUGGCUGCUAAGAGGUGCUCUAUUUCCCUGGCUGUGCAUGCUUAGGUAUAAAGAAUUCAUCUGCUCUGGCUGCUGUAUACCAUGUGUCGCUCACAGGUACAUGUUUCAAUGUGUAGUGGUUUGUCAUUCAUUGUCCUCCAUGCUGGACAUCCUGCUGCUUUGAUACCACAGAGGGAUGCAGCUUCACUGAUGGCAAGAGCUGGUUGGGUUCCUUACUGCUCUUCCAGGCCCCAUAUGCAGUUUUGCUGGCAUACUCAGUCCUGUGCGCACAGCAGGCUGCAGCCUUCUGACAACUGCAGCAAUGCUUGUGUUGCUCCAAGCCUUUUCAUGUCAGCCCUCUCUUCAAGAGCACUCAUCUUAUGAUCCAACUGAACAAAGCAUGAUGUAUCUCAUGUGUAGUCACUUUAGAUCUGUACUUGCCUAAGGAAACUUGAAUGAAAAUUCUAAGAUUGCCACACAACUGGUUUGGUGGUCAUUGUGUCUGGUCUUACCUGACCUUCACCAUCAGCUGUUGAACAUGUUCCCCUUGGCAUUGGACUUUUUACCACAACAUGACUGGGAAACAGAGAAGGAGGAGCCUCACAAAGACCUGAGUUACAGGAAGGGUUUAAUAUUUUUCCAUGUAACACAAGAUAUCUAGAUGAGGGUUGGACAAAACCCCAGGUCCUAACAUGAUACCCUACCCACUAAGCCAUCUCACCUUCUCCUCACCAAAGCACUUGUUUUAAACUGAAAUACAAACAAUUAAGUUCAUUGAAGCCCGGAAUUAACCCUGAUUUUAUCACUGUGAUUUUAACCCUCUUCUCCUAUUUUUCCCUCAGUCUGUUUACCUCUUAAUCCUGCUAAGUGAGGGGCAUCUCUUACCUUGGGGACUGCAGGGUUCAUUUCCACCAGAUCUGUGUAAUCUUCAUGAUAGUCCUUUUCCCUUCAUACAUCUUAACAGUGUCUUACAGUGGUGGCAAAGUGUAAUGGAGCUUUAAGAGAGCAAUUUUGUACAGAACAAAAACUAAGCUAUUCAUUACCCAGUCUAGGUCUCAACCCAACUGCUGUUAUCUGCUACCAGUAAGAAGUUACAACAUGUAACAAUGUCAUGUAACAAUGUGU